AUGGUAAAAGAAGCAGCCACUAGUGAGGGGACUUAUGGUGCGUUACCUUUCUCCCUGAUCACUACAUCAGCCAAGACAAUAGGUGUGAUCAAUGCAUCAUUCCUUCCUGCUAAUCUUUGCUUCUACUCCUUUGAAGAGAUCCAAACUGCCACACAGGACAUUGAUGAAUAUCUAAUUCUUGGUGUUAGUGGGUUUGGGAAGGUCUACCUUGGGGAAAUUGAUGACGGAACAAUGAAGGUAGCGUUGGCGGCAACGAUCUCAUCAGGCAGAGGGCCGUGGUGCGUGGCCAAGCCGGAAGCGCCAAGGGAGGCGCUCCAGGCGAACAUCGAGUAUGUAUGUGGGGGUGCCAUAGGGGAUUGCAGUGCGAUACAGGAAGGCGCCUCGUGCUACUCCACGGACAUCGUAAGACAAGCAUCCUAUGCCAUGAACUCCUUCUACUACGCCAAAGGAGGCCAUAGGUCCAUCAACUGCUUCUUCAACGAAACCGGCACCAAAGUUCGCGACGACCCCAGUUAUGGGAACUGUGUAUAUCCUUCAUGA